AUGAUCUGCAUCAAUUGCUGCGCGGCAACAGAGUCGCUCUACGUUGUGUACUCGAACAACCACAUCCAACUGACGGAUUGCUCGCGGUGCCACGAUGUCGUGGACAAGUACAUCGAGAUCGACAACGUGAUCCUGUUCAUCGACUUGCUGCUGCUGAAGCCCGGUGCGUACCGCCAUUUGGUGUACAACUCCCUGGAGAUAAACUGCUCUAAAUACAAGCCGUGGAAACCGCUUAGGGGCGCGCCCCUACUGCAGCAACCGCGGCUGUUUAGGUUGAACCUGCGUAAUUGGUUGCAGAAAUACGAUACGUUAAACCGACUGUGGGUCCUCCUGAUCGCUUUCGAGAUCUACCUGAAAUGGAUCAACGAGGAGAGUAAAAUGGCACAGCACUCGCGGGAGGGCUCCGACCAAGGGUGUAUCGCGAAACUGGGGGUCUUCCACUGGGACAUCUUCCACCAGUACAUGUUCUUCGCGCUGUACUCGCUUUUAGAUAUCUCAAUAUUCCAUUACAGCCUACAGUUCUGCAUCAUUGGUCUAUGCGGAUGGGGCCGCGAUAUCAAACUCGCCAAACACAUCAUGUCAUACACCACGCUGCUGUCGUACGGUGCUAAGAUUUUCCCAAUCCUCACUAUCAUCUGGCCGUACGACACUCUGCUCUCUAUGAAUAUCAUUCAAUGGGUCGCCAAUCUGUACGUGGUCGAGUCCCUCAAGAUAGUGACUAACCUGUCGUACUUCAAAAUAGUAACAGCAGUCGUGGCAACAGCUCUUUUACGAACGGUGACGGUGAAACCGCUACUUUUCUUGUUCCUUACGGGCUGCAAUUACCAGCAAUGGAAAACUUGCAUCGCAUCAGAAGGGAAUUUUCUGCUCCGUAAUCUGGAGAUUCCAUUUAUAUAG